AUGGCAAUACAGGUAACGGCGUCAACUAGCGGCUCUUACGCAUUUGUGUGGGGCAGUCAUAUGGAAAGUUGCGGAUAUCUAUACAAUCUGCCAUUCAUUCCAAGCAGUUCACAGUCGAAUCUAGCAGCACAUAAGCAUGACAGUGGCUAUCCAUGCAAAUUUCCACUAACAGCAACUUUUACGGUGACUCAAUCCAUGAUCCUCGUUGUUACAACAUUCUCUCCGGAAGACUUCGGAGAAUUCAAUAUUUCAAUUCACGGUCCCACACAAUUAAGCUUAACGCCGUAUAUUUCCACGUCAAUUAUCGUAACCAACACCAAUGAAGCAACCAGCGUAGACAAUACUGCAACAACUACUACAACUGCUACAGCUUCUACAACCACUACAACGCCCAUAAUUACAAAAGCAACUACAGGAACCACCAAACUACCUACUACAAAAAGCACUAAAAGAACUACUAGAAAAACUACGAAAAACCCCAUUAGACCAACUAUCACAACGCCAAUUGUAGUCACAGGUGAAAAUAUGCCAGUGUGGUUUGAUAGUAACGGUGAUAUGAAAACUGAUAUAUAUGAAAGUCUGACUAAUGGAGUUGAAAAUGCUGUAGCUGUCUGUUGUUUUCUGACAUCGAACUAUGAACAAUCCUUGAGCUGCCAAAGUGAAUUACAAUAUGCACAAAAGCGACAGAAACCAAUCAUUCCAUGUAUGCUCACUAGUGCAACUGCUUGGAAGCCAUCCGAUUGGUUAGAACAAAUAACCCGAGGACUCGUGUUCGUCGAUUUUCACAAUGUAUCUGAAUCUAAUAUCGAUUACAAGGUUAUAGACUUAAUUAAUGGAAUAGAAGAGCAAAUUACAGCAACGUCACAUCAACGAAUACAACCAAUCGAAGAGCCAAGCUAUCUGCUUGAAUUGAUUAAGUGGCAUUACAAACAAAAUAGUCGUAUAGAACGCUUAAUGAAUCCAGCUGAGUCUUUUCCGAUUGAAGAAAGUUACAUUAAUUUGGCUAUAGUAGAUUCGAAAGAACAACAGGCAAAAGAAAAGAACCUUCAUGAUGCUAAUCAACAUGAGACAAUAAUGGAGACCUUUGAAGAUAUCUACGGUGUCAAAACGCCCAUAAAUGUCAAAGAUAUUUUCAACACAUGCAAGGAAUUUGGAAAAAAAGUACUGGUGUUUGGUCGAGCUGGAAUCGGUAAGACCACCUUCUGUCGCUAUGUUUCUCAUCAAUGGGCAAAGAGUGCUCUUUGGCCAGAAUAUAAUUUGGUUGCUUUAAUUAGCUUACGCUCUUUAACCGAGAAUCGUUAUUCUCCGCUGUCAUCAGGCAAAAGUUACUCUUUAGUCGAUAUUGUGGCGAAGGAAUGUUUUAGUCAUGAUCUUUCUGAAGAAGAUACAAGUCUUCUGAGAGAGCAAUUAAAUAAAAGAACCGUAUUAUGGCUUCUGGAUGGGUAUGAUGAAAUCGUGCAAAAUGUAUCAUCACACCUACAACAUGUAUUCGAACAAUUAAUCAACACGCCACAUCACAUUGUGACAUCUCGUCCAUACUUCAAUACUUUGUCUCGCUCUGUACGAGUUGAGAUUGUUGGAUUCACCGAUGGAAAUAUUAGCAAAUAUGUAGAAGUAUUCUUCAAUCAGCUGCGCGAUAAAUUUCCCAAUGCAUUAUUGGAAGGCUAA